ACUAGGUACAGGGGUCUGGUGUGCAAGUUGGGGAAUACAGUGCAAAUUCAGACGAGCAGAGACGAAGAGUCAGUAGCAUGGGCAAGGCGAAUGCCUGUCUGCCAGGUGGACAGCUGCAGCACCCUCUCUCCGACCUUCCCCUGCAGUCUUCCCUGGCUGCUGGCUUUCAAGUCGGCUUAAGGAGAAAGCCUGAAAUACUCAUGAGCUAGCUGGCCCAGCCGGUUUUUUGUGGCUGGUUUCUAAAACCCAGUAACACCCUGCAUGCUCUGAGCUAGCGAAAUGUACCAUGUUUCUUUCAUUGGAAAUUUUUAUAAACUUAAGCCCAAUCCUGCGAAGGUGAGGCACCACUCCAUAAAUAUACACCACCAUGACAAUCGCCCAUUUUCAGAAGUCUAAAGAAAGCAAGACCCAGAGAAGCCGCCUGCUACGCCACGCCCUCUUGGGGGCGGCAUCAAGAGGUGCGCCUGCGCAUUGCGCCCAUGCUGGCCUCUCCAACCUACAACCGCUAGAAAAACACUGUGUGGACUGGCUGUCCAGCUACCUCCUGCUGCAGAGUUAACCGCAGGUUCUCUGCUCUCUGACCCCUACUCUACACCCACCCAGCCAUGUCAUCCUGCAGCCGCGUGGCGCUGGUGACCGGGGGUAACAAGGGCAUAGGCUUCGCCAUCACGCGUGAUCUCUGUCGGAAGUUCUUGGGAGACGUGGUGCUCACAGCCCGGGACGAGGCAAGGGGCAAGGCUGCGGUGCAGCAACUGCAGGCGGAGGGCCUGAGCCCGCGCUUCCACCAGCUGGACAUCGACGACCUGCAGAGCAUCCGCGCCCUGCGAGACUUUUUGCUCAAGGAAUACGGGGGACUGGACGUGCUGGUCAACAAUGCGGGCAUCGCCUUCAAGAAUGCUGACCCAACCCCCUUCCACAUUCAAGCAGAAGUGACAUUGAAAACAAACUUUUUUGGUACCCAAGAUGUCUGCACUGAGCUGCUCCCUCUAAUGAAACCCCGAGGCCGAGUGGUGAACGUAUCAAGCAUGCUGAGUCUCAGGGCCCUGAAAAACUGCAGCCCGGAGCUGCAGCAGAAGUUUCGAAGUGACACCAUCACAGAGGAGGAGCUGGUGGGGCUCAUGAACAAGUUUGUGGAGGACACAAAGAAAGGAGUGCAUGAGAAAGAAGGCUGGCCUAAUAGUGCUUAUGGAGUGAGCAAGAUUGGGGUGACAGUCCUGUCGAAAAUCCAUGCCCGGAAACUCAGCGAGCAGAGGAAAGGGGACAAGAUCCUCCUCAAUGCCUGUUGCCCUGGGUGGGUGAGAACAGACAUGGCAGGACCAAAAGCCACCAAGAGCCCCGAAGAAGGAGCAGAGACCCCCGUGUACUUGGCUCUUUUGCCACCAGAUGCAGAGGGACCUCAUGGGCAGUUUGUUCAGGAAAAAAAGGUAGAACAAUGGUGAGCUCAAUUCUCGCCUCUUCCCACAUCAACUCUCCCUCUCUUUGUAUUCUGUUGGUGAGGGCCAAGGGACAUUGAUAAUAUACUAACACAAUAUACUAAUUUAACACUCUUUAACAACUUGACUGAUUGACCUUUGUAAUUCUGUGAAUUGUUUUAUGAUUCCCUCUGUGAUACAGGAUGAGAAAAAGUCAAUUCUGGGAAAAAAAUAAAAAUAUAUGGCUUGUUCUUUAA